AUGUCCCCAAGACAACAGUUGAGCAAGUGCAGCAAGGCUCAAGGCUCUUCCAAGCCCACCAAGACCAAGGGGGUGGCCAAGGCUGAAACCAAGGAGAAAUAUGACACGAAAGCUACUCCUACCUCUAAAACUACAAGCGGCCAGGGCCCAGACGUCGGUGCUUCCCGAAAGUCCAAGCGCCAGCGGAAGAAGAAGGUGUGGUUGGCGGAAGACAAUGGCUCUCAGGAUGAAGCUGUAGUAUCAGCUGACGAAGAUGACAAAAUGGUAGAUGGCGAGCAAGAGGAGCAUGAUGAGGCUGAGAAUGCAUGGAAGGAGAGGGAGGAGGAGGAGGAGGAGGAGGACGAGGAGGAGGAGGAGGAGGAGGAGGAGGAGGAGGAUGAGGAGGAGGAGGAGGAGGAGGAGGAGGAGGAAGAGGAGGAGGAUGAGGAGGAGGAUGAGGAGGAGGAUGAGGAGGAGGAUGAGGAGGAGGAUGAGGAGGAUGGGGAUGGGGAAGAAAAGGAAGACGAGGAGGAAGACGAGGUGGAUGAGGCGGAUGUGAAGGCUGCAAAAAGGCAGGAGGGUGCGGAUGGGGAGGCAGAGAAUAAUAAUGAGGACGCGAAUGAGCCUAAACGUGGUGUCCGUGCGUCUGGCUUUGAAGAGUUGCUUGAAGAGCAAUGCGAAGCUGAGGAUGACGAGGCCGAAGAGGACGAGGCAGUGGCGGAGGCACGGGCUCUGCUACGUGGGAAAGAGAAGGCUCUUUCCGACCUCAAGGAGACUCCACGUGGAGCUCAGAAGGAAGCAAAGGGUGCUGCCAAGAAGGCGAACCCUGAAGUUUCUGCCAUCCGCCCUGCACCUGUCAAGAAUACUAAAGCCCAGCUGCCUGCUAGUGGUGACAAGGCUAAGGGGAAGGAGGCUAUCGGUGACAAGGCUAAGGGGAAGGAGGCUAUCGGUGACAAGACUAAGGGGAAGGAGGCUACGGGUGACAAGGCUAAGGGGAAGGAGGCUCCCGAUCUGAAAAACAAACGGUCUAAUGCAUUGGUGCCAGUUGGCGGUGCCAUCAAGAAGCAGAAAGGCUCAGAAGCGGGCACAUCAAGGACAACAGCAAAGCCAGGAAUGGUUGAUGUGAAGGGGAGCCAGAAAGGGCGCGCCAAACCUUCUGGCAAAAACCCCAAAGGUCGCCCUUUCUCUCCCCAGCACUCACCCUCAUUUCCGACACUCUUCCCCCCUCUGUUGCUUCCUUACCCUACCCUCCCCACCAGCACCUAUUCCUGCACAUGCGCCAUCACCCGCAGGUCCUCGACCGUCUAUUGCUCGCAUGCACCACCUGAGUUUUUGACAAACCAACUGUGUAUACUUCCUCCUUCCCCCACCCUCUUCCCCUUCUCCCCCACCAUCUACUCCCCCUCCUCCACCAUCUACUCCCCCUCCCCCACCUUCUACUCCCCCUCCCCCACCAUCUACUCCCCCUCCCCCACUGUCUACCCCCUCUAA